UUAACCACUUCCCAUCCAAUCCAUGUACAUAAACGGCCGGACACGGGAGCAGAGCAGGAGCGGGUGGCCGUUUAUAAACAGCCUCCUCACUCACUGACUAUGCUCACUCCCUGGGAGCGUGCGGCGCCGCGAUCCGGUGCCCGCUGUGCCCGGAGGACACUGAUCGCCGUACGGCCAAUCAGUGAUCACAUCAUUGCUUACUACUAGUGAAAUCUGUGAAUGAUCACAGAGGUUACAUGGUACAAGGCUAUUCACAACAACCUUGUACCAUGUGAUAAGCUGUGACCAAUCACAGCUCACACAGUA